AUGCGAAGUGAGUACAAUGGUCUUAAAGCACUUAUUUUGAAAGAGAAUCCAAGUGCUUUUAAUAUACACUGUUUUGCUCAUCAGCUACAACUAGCUCUUGUAACUAUGGCAAGCAAACAUGCAGAAAUUGAAACAUUCUUUACUUUAGUGAAUAAAGUGGUAAAUGUUGUUGGCAGAUCGGCUAAGCAAUGUGAUCUUCUUCAAGAGAAGAAGAGGCUUGAAGUUGUUGAAUCAUUAAAUCUUGGUGAAAUCUCAAGUGAAUUGUCAAAAUCAUUACAAAAGAAAGAUCAAGAUAUUGUCAACGCUAUGAAAUUAGUGAAGAUAAACGAUAUGUUUAUACCUCUAGGCCGUUCACGACGUAACACUCAAGAAAUUACAAAUCUACAUCAUUUUCGUGUGGAUUUCUUCUAUGCUAUCAUCGAUAUGCAAAUUCAAGAGUUGAAUGAUCGUUUCUCUGAGGUAAAUAGUAACUUACUCCUUUGUGUUGCAUGCUUGUGUCCGGAUAAUUCAUUCUCUGCUUUCAACAAGGAUAGGUUAAUUCAAUUGUGUGAGUAUUAUCCCAAAGAUUUUAAACCAAUAGAGAUCUUGGCACUUAAAGAGCAAAUUCAAACAUAUAUUAUUGAUAUGCGCACUCACAAAGAUUUUGAAGGGUUACAAGGCCUUAGUGAUCUUACAAAAACCUUGGUUGUGACGAAAAAACAUGAGGUAUACCCAUUAGUUUACAGGCUUGUAACAUUGGCGUUAAUUCUUCUAGUUGCAACUGCUACGGUAGAAAGAGUAUUUUCUGCAAUGAAAAUUGUCAAGAAUCAAUUGCGUAAUUGA